AUGGACUGGCUGGACGCCUUCGAUCCAGCCUCGGCUUCGAGCAGAGCGAGGAGCGCAUCGACUCAGCAGCCUCCGGGCCCCUCUCGAGCAGGUCAGAGCUCAACCCACGCACCUGCAUCCUCACAACAGCCAGUGUCGGCGAUUCCCAGGCCACGUCGACCAACGCAUGCAUCAAGGCCCCCGCAGAGGUUCUCGACGCGGACACCAGCUGCUCCACCGUCAGCCGCGCUGAGGUCAGAAGAUGCCCAGCCCAACGAGUACCAGAUUCGCUUAAAGCCGUGGGAGAUGGCCGCGCCACCUUCUAUAGGUGCGUCCAGGUCGAAGUCCAGCCAGCCCGCCGGUGGAAGCGUCACUCGGUCUCAAUCACGCCCAGCCAUGGGCCGCCCACCAAUAGGACGACCACCAACGGCGCAACCAACAGUGUCAUAUUCAGGUCAGGCCCAAUCGAAGAAGAGACCAGCUCCCCAUCAGCAGCAUAACCGCCCUCCGAGAAGUCAGCGCAAGGCAACGCAUCAGCAGUCUGCCAUGCAGCACCAUCAACAGCCUCCUACUCCGCAACAACCAGCCUCGGGUCAGUCUUCGUCCAGCAAGCCCAAGCCCAAGUCGAAACACGAGGCGAUCGUCUCUACACAUCUAAAAUCUGUCGGCCAAGCGCCAUCACAGUCUCAGAAUGCCACUCCCAAAAGCAUCACCGUACACGACAUCAACCCAGAGAUCCCGCUCUGGACAGAAGACGCAAAGUACCAAGCCGAGAAAAGCGUCGCCAUCGCCAACCUGCGCCGAAAUCCUCCAGACGAAAUAAGGCGCAUACGCGAAGAGCUGGCUCCGCUAGCAGAGGAACAGCGCGGUCGAGCUCGCCGUGGUGUCGCAGACCGCUUUGCCAAUCCUCUCUUGCAGUCCGCCGCCACUUGCCUCGCGCUGUGCAACUACGCGCAGCUGGCGCUUCGUCUGCUGCACAUCCGCGUCGAGCUCUACCGAUGUGCCGCCUUGCUCGUGCCCUCCAACACCGCGCCACGCAAACACGCAUUCGCACUCGUUAAGCACGUCCGAAAUGCUUUGACUCAAAUUCUCGGGCUCGCUGCCACCGACAUCGACUUGAGCACUUUCUGCAGCAAAGAGCAGAUCCUCCGUCCCGAAGAUCCCAUCAUCGUCGACACGCUCGACCGCAUCCGCGAUACCGACGACGUUGGGUUAUAUGCCAUUGCCGUGCUCACCAAUCUCUUCCACAUUUUCGGUGGCCGCAUCGUCCACAUCGACUGGGAAGACGUCGAUCGCUGGAAACAGCAGCACAAGAUCAAAAGUCAAGGCGCACCACGUCCAGACGUCACAACCAGCGUCGAGAACAAAGCAGUGCCAGCGCCAGUACACCAUGCGAGCGUGCGGCAAGACACGGCUGCUAGCGACGAGGUCCGUACACCUUCAGCUCCUCCCUCCAAGCCCGUUCCGCCAAUGCAAGCGGCAGCACACGAUGCGAGCGUGGCGCGAGACACAGCUGCUAGCGACGAGAUCCAAAAGCCCUCGGCACCUCCGACACCACCGAUUCAGCCAACGCAAAAAAAACUGGAAGCGGCAUCAGUUGCGGUCACGGUUUCAGUUGCAGACCCCGAGCCGCCCAAAGAUCAUCCGGCGGAGCCCGCUCAGCCCACAUGCGCCGAAGCGGACAAUGACGUGCAAGCCCCGAGGAGUCCUCGCGACGAUAUCCGGACACCCACACCGCCACCGUCCAUGCUUGCUCAACACGGCCCUUGUGGCAACAAGCACACGCCCAAAGUGCAACGAGACCCGCGCUCUCGCUCUCGCUCUGCGAGUCCUCGCAAAUUCGGCCAGCUCAAAGGCGUCCUCAGCGCUAUCGACCUCAGUCCACGUCCCAGCUCACCAAAGCCACCCACACUCAAGACCGAACAGACACAAGAUGACAUGCUCGAGGAGGCGCGGCAGGCUCAGGAGCUAGCAAUUCUGUUGGAAGCGAGACAGCCAGAUGCCGAUGACAACGACGACGAGAGCGACGACGAUAGCGACGAUGACCAGCCACUCGCAAUGACCUUACAUGCGCCUGUCCAUGCUCCCGCUGCCACACAGGCCGGCGGCACGGACUCGGACCCGGACGAAGAUGUUCCGCUGCAGGAUCUGCUGCGGCGCCAGUCGCCCUCGGCUGCAACUGCGCUGGCUGCAUCCUCUUCUACUAGCGCCGCCGACUACUCAGCCUCCCACGCGUUCCAGUCCGCCGUGUGGGGGCUCGACCAGGCGCGCGCGUUCUCGAGCACGCGUGGGCUGUCGAUCAAGCACUUUGUGCCGCUUGCGAGCGCGGCGCUCGGCGCCCAGACGGGCGUGCGCAACCGUGCCUCUGCGUUCGACUCGGGCCUGGGCGUCACCGACCACGGGCGCAUCGCGACGUUCUCCGAGGCGCCGAGCUACGGCGACGACGCACCGAGCCGCGUGAUGGAGCUGCAGACGCGCGACGCCGAGGCCAAGCUCAAGGCCGACAAGGCGUGGCCGAUCGACCGGGUGGAGGACGUGUGGCGGCUGACGUCCAAGGUGUGCGGGAUCGCGUCGUCGACGCGCAAGCUGCUCGGCAUGGGCAGGUACGACGAGUACCCGUGCCAGGUGAGUCUGGUGACUAUGGACGAGACGGGGCGCGCGCAUCGCACCUACCAUCUCGACGAGCGGCCGCAUGCGCACGGUGCCGCCGCCAUGUCGCACUUCCCGCGCACCGAUCCGAACGACGCCUCGUCGAUCGACUUUGCCACGGGCGGCAUCGACGGGAUUGUCAACCACUGGCACUGGCGCGCACGCUCCACGUCGGCCGACACGCAGCGGCUGCACACGCUGCACGAUGCCAAGCCGGUCGUGGCGCUGGAACAUCUUUCGUCGCGCGCACAAACUCUCGCUUCCGCCUCAAUGGGCACGGUGAUCGGCUUCGACCUGGGCGCGCUCACGCUCGGCUUUUCGUGGAACACGAGCGACUGCAUUGUGCAUCUGCAGCGCACGCCCGAUGCCAAGCUCAUGCUGGGCGUGCUGGCGCGGCGCGACUACGACCAGUUCCGCAUGUUCGACAUCACCGGCGCCAACGGGCCCAUCUCACGCCCCGUCAUCUCGUUUGGCUGGCUCAACGAUGCCGAGGGCAAGCUGCCGCUCGGACGUGGCGCGUUCCAUCCGAGCCGCAGGGCUAUCUUUGCUCACGGUGCAGAGGACGGUCACGUGCGCGUGUGGGAUCUGCGCAAUGCCAGAGACCCGCUCGUCGACCUGCGCGUCUCGGACGAGCCCAUCGUCCAGGCCUUUUGGGCCAAUUCCGGCCAACAGGAUGCAGACGUGCUGUAUGCCGCCACCCCGCGCGGCGUGCGCACCAUCGCCUGGCGAAAUGCCCCAGCAACCUAA